UGUUUGUUUUGAUUGUUGGGUAAAUUUCCCCAAUCAUCUUUAAACAGACUCUCUUUCUUCCCCAAUGAUUUUCUCUCAACAUUUAUCCCCAUCUUCCAUUUCCAUAGAUUAUCAUAGCCAUUGUUGCUGCUCCAUUUCUUCCUUCCCUUUGUGAUUUCAAUAUAGAUUUCUAUUUGGAGAGAAAUGGGGCUUCUUGAUUCCUUGUUGGAUAGAGAUUCAAGAAAGUUUAUCAAACGAAAAGACAGCGAUGCAGGAGAAGCUGAACCUCUCAUAUUCUAUAAAUCCGCAGGCCGAGCGCUCGAAGAAAUUAGAGGUUCGCUCUAUAACGAACUACGAACUUCAGACGGAGCGAAACGCCAACAGCAACGAUACUGCGGUCCGGUCGUGGCGAUGACAUUCAAUUUCAUGGUUGCUGUUGGAAUCAUUAUGGCAAACAAAUUAGUUAUGGGAAGAGUUGGAUUUAACUUCCCAAUAUUCCUUACAUUAAUCCAUUAUACCGUUGCCUGGUUUCUACUAGCAAUUUUCAAGGCACUUUCUUUGCUUCCUGUUUCUCCUCCUAGCAAAACCACUCCCUUCUCUUCCAUUUUCUCCUUAGGUGUUGUCAUGGCUUUUGCUUCAGGUCUUGCCAAUACUAGUCUCAAGCACAACAGUGUUGGAUUCUAUCAGAUGGCUAAGAUUGCAGUAACUCCCACCAUUGUUUUCUCAGAGUUCAUACUUUUCAAGAAGACCAUUUCAUUUAAAAAGGUUUUGGCUUUGUCUGUUGUCUCUGUUGGCGUGGCAAUCGCGACGGUAACGGAUUUAGAGUUCAACCUGUUCGGCGCUUUGGUUGCGAUUUCUUGGAUAAUCCCAAGUGCUAUAAACAAGAUUUUGUGGUCGAAUCUGCAGCAGCAAGCGAGUUGGACGGCGUUAGCGUUGAUGUGGAAAACUACUCCAAUUACAAUAUUUUUCUUACUUGCUCUCAUGCCUUGGCUGGAUCCACCAGGAGUUCUGUCUUUUAGAUGGGAUCUCAGUAGUUCAACUGCUAUUUUGAUAUCAGCUCUGCUUGGUUUUCUCUUGCAAUGGUCUGGAGCUUUGGCACUAGGCAGUGUUGUUCAAAUUUGUGCAGUGCAACCUCUGCAACAUCUCAUGUUGUUCUGGGACAGUUCAAGACUUGUGUGCUUCUGCUGGGAAGUUAUUUUGUUUUCAGGUCGGAUCCCGGGUUCGUGAGCAUUUGUGGGGCGAUCACAGCUCUCGGUGGAAUGUCUGCUUACACAUCCCUUAAUCUGCAGCAACAACACGACAACAAGCAACUUCCGAAGCAUAACUUGCCGAUGCCAAUGCCGAUGCCCGAAAACAGCAGCGUUGUAGAAGAUGCUGCAAAGUUGGAUGUACAAAGUUCUGAUGUUGCUGUGUAGAGAUUGAAUGAAUGACUUGAGCUAGCUUGAGUUCUACAAGUUUUUGAAGUUUUUUUUGGGUUAGUUUGAUGGUAGAUUCAUCUUUGUUCUCAAAUCAAUCAACCAAGAGUCAUGCAAAUAUCUUUCUUGUAAUACUCAAUACAAUUUUAUAGAGA